AACUUUACUACAAUACUCCUCAUGGCUAAGUUAACAGAGAUCUCUAAAGCCAACACAACUAGAAAAGACACUAAUUCAUGGGGUAUGAGCAUCCUGUUUGUCACGUUGGCUGUUAUCGCAAUAGCGGUGCUGGUGAUCCAACUUGAUACAUUUGAGACUGUAGCAUACCCGAUGCAUGAACUAGGAAAACCAAUGGUUGUAGCCGCUACAAACAAUGCAGCAAACCUUCCCAGUUUGGAAAAGAUAGGGUCAGGUGAGUUGAUUGGACCCGAGGACAUCGCCUAUGAUCCAAAAUCUGGUUAUGUGUACACUGGCUGUGAUGAGGGGUGGAUCAAGCGAGUCAAGUUGAAUGACUCGGCGGCUGACACUGUAGUAGAGAAUUGGGUUAACACGGGUGGUCGGCCUCUUGGGAUCUCAAUUGCAGAUUCUGGUGAUAUCUUUGUUGCUGACGCUUUUAAGGGGCUGCUCAAAGUAAGUGUAGACGGCGAGUUACAGGUAUUGGCGGUUGAGGCUGAGGGGAUGAAGUUAGGGUUCCCUGAUGGUGUCGUUGUUGCGAAAAACGGUAUGGUGUAUUUCACUGAUGGGUCAUAUAAGCAUGGCUACUAUGACUCGAUGCCAAACCUUAUGGAGGGUCGACCUGACGGUAGAUUUUUGAGCUAUGAUCCUUUAACCAAACAAACACAAGUGAUUGCUCGAGACCUUUACUUUGCUAACGGUGUAGAACUUUCGCCGAACCAAGAUUUUGUUAUCUAUUGUGAGAGCUUCAUGAUGAGGUGUCAUAGAUACUACUUAGAAGGAGAAAAAAAAGGGUCUAUCGAUGUUUUUGUCGACGGUUUACCUGGUUAUCCAGACAACCUACGAUACGAUGGAGAAGAGCAUUAUUGGUUAGCAAUUGCAUGGGAUUAUUCAAUUUCAACGCAUAUUACGAUGUCAUAUCCUUUUGUGCGCAAGAUUCUUGCAUUUGGUCUUAAGCACCUACAAAAAAUGCCCACUCUCAUGAAAUUUGGUGGAGUCAUUGCUCUUGAUUUGGAUGGAAAACCAAUUGGAGGCUACUACGAUGACACGUGGACAUACACAACAUCGGGGCUCAAGAUUGGUGAGCAUUUGUACCUGGGAACCCUUGUACGACCAUACUUCUUGCGCCUGAAUCUUACUCAAAACCCUCUUAUCGGUGGAACGUUGUGAAGCAAAUGUUACUAGUGUAAAAUAAUCUUUGGUUAUGUCUGAUGUGUACAAUAAUUACUUUUUUAAUCAAUCGUUUUGUACAACUAUUUCCCUUUUUAUAUGAAUCGUUUAUUCCAAACAAUAAGACGUUAAAUAAAUAAAAAAAAAGUAAUAU